UUUGCACGAGAUAUCUUCCAAGCCUACAGUGACCUUGUCAAGGAAGAUAAUGGUGAUUCAACUCGAAUUCGCAUCAAAGUUGAGGACGUUGUUGAUAUUGCUGAAGAACAGGAGGGUGUCGCCUAUGCUCGG